AUGAGACACAUCUCAUGCGCACUCAUCGUCGGCAGCUUUUCCAGCAGCUUUGUGUCAACCUGCGGGACCACCAACACAUAUGAUGCCGUAGUCAUCGGCUCUGGCAUAGGAGGCCUCACAACAGCGACCCAGCUCGCUGCAAAGGGAGCAAAAGUGGUGGUCUUAGAAAAAUAUAUCAUUCCAGGGGGCAGCGCAGGGCACUUCCAUAGAGAGGGGUACACCUUUGAUGUGGGCUCCUCCAUGAUGUUUGGCAUGGGCCACGAGGGCACCACAAAUCUCAUCACCCGCGCUCUGGCCGCUGUGGGCAAGAGCUUGGACACCGUGCCCGACCCCACACAGAUACACUACCACCUACCCCAAUCCAAGGCCCACCCCAACGGGUUGGAGGUGAAGGUGUGGCGGGACUACGAUGAGUUUGUGGAGGAGCUCUCGCAGCGCUUCCCCCAUGAGCGGGAGGGCAUUAAAAAGUUCUAUGGAGAGUGCUGGGCGGUGUUCAAUGCACUGAACUCGCUGGAGCUGAAGAGCCUGGAAGAACCCCGAUACCUGCUCGGAGAGUUUGCCAAGCACCCACUGGCGUGCCUCACCCUUGCAUCAUACUUGCCCUCCAACACUGGCGAUGUGGCGCGCAAAUACAUAAAGGACCCCGAGCUGCUCAGCUUCAUCGACAUAGAGUGCUACUGCUGGAGCACCGUUCUGGCCGAGCACACCCCAAUGAUCAAUGCCGGCAUGGUUUUUUGUGACCGGCAUUUUGGAGGCAUCAAUUACCCGGUGGGAGGAGUGGGCAGGAUUGGGGAGGAGCUGGUUGCUGGUCUGCAGGAAAGGGGCAGCCACAUCGAAUACAAAGCAAAUGUGAAGCAGAUCCUGGUGGAGGGUGAGGGUGAGUCAGCGAGAGCGGUGGGGGUGCGCCUGGCAGACGGUCGGGUGUUCAGGGGCAAGACCGUGGUGUCCAAUGCCACGCGAUGGGACACCUUUGAGCGCCUGCUCGCCGAUGAAGACAUGCCCGAGGCAGAGCAGCUGUUCAGGAAGCGGUACAAGAAGUCGCCAUCGUUUGUGUCGAUCCACAUGGGCGUGCGCGCGGAUGUGCUGCCGGCCGGGACGCAAUGCCACCACAUCAUUGUGGAGGACUGGGCGCGCAUGGAGGACCCUCUAGGGACCCUUUUUGUGUCCAUCCCCACCCUUCUGGACCCCUCGCUGUCCCCCGAUGGCACCCACAUCGUUCACAUCUUCUCCCCCGACUGGAUCGACAACUACCGGGGGCUGUCACCGGAGGAGUAUGAGAGGAAGAAGGAGGCGGUGGCGGACGCGCUGGUGGCGCGCGUGGAGGCGCACCUGAUGGGCCUGGCGGCUGCGACGGUGUUCCGGGAGACGGGAACGCCGCGCACCCACCGCCGCUUCCUCAACCGCGAGGACGGCUCCUACGGGCCCAUUCCCUCGCGCCGCCCGCUCGGCAUGCUCGGCAUGCCAUUCAACCGCACCGCCAUCAAGGGAUUGUACUGUGUGGGGGACAGCACAUUCCCAGGGCAGGGCGUGAAUGCGGUGGUGUUUUCGGGCUUUGGAUGCGCGCAUAGAGUGCUGUGCGACCAGGGCAAGCAGCCGAUUAUCCCCGUGCUGGACCAGGGCUACAAUGCAGUCCUGGGUGCUGUCAGGGACAGGGCCUGACAGCUGUGUUGCAAUAUAUUGGAGUGGGCCAAGAAAACAUUGUUUGUUUUGCUCAAAAUGUUCGGAAAUGAUUGAUCUGCCACAAUCGACUGACAGAGUUGUAAUAUUUCGGGGAAAUAUUUCGGGGAAAUUAGAACCAAAGAGCAAAGAGAAAUUGCCUAUAGUGUCGUGUAGAUUAGGAGCUUCAAUGGCCACUGAGCGGCCUUCUUCGAAACCAUGUAUGAAAAAAGACAUUGAUGCGACAUGCAUGAGUAUGUGAAAAAUGCCAGAAUAUUC